UCCUGCCCCACCCACCACUGCCCUCUCCCUUGCUAGCGCUUCACUGAUGGCAUUACCAACAAGCUGGUGGCCUGCUACGUGGCGGAGGACAUGAAGGACUGCGUGCUGGUCCGGGUAUACGGGGAGCGGACGGAGCUGCUAGUGGACCGUGAGAAUGAGGUCCGGAACUUCCAGCUGCUGCGAGCACACGGCUGUGCCCCCAAACUCUACUGCACCUUUCAGAAUGGGCUGUGCUAUGAGUACGUGCAGGGUGUGGCCCUGGAGCCGGAGCACAUCCGGGAGCCCGGGCUCUUCAGGUUAAUUGCCUUAGAAAUGGCCAAGAUUCAUACCAUCCAUGCCAACGGCAGCCUGCCCAAGCCUGUACUCUGGCAGAAGAUGCACAGUUACUUCUCGCUGGUGAAGAACGAGAUCAACCUCAGCCUCUCUGCAGAUGUCCCCAAGGUGGAGGUGUUGGAGCGGGAGCUGGCCUGGCUGAAGGAGCACCUGUCCCAGCUGAACUCCCCUGUGGUGUUCUGUCACAACGACCUGCUUUGCAAGAACAUCAUCUAUGACAGUGCCAAAGGGUGCGUGCAGUUCAUCGACUAUGAAUAUACCGGCUACAACUACCAAGCCUUCGACAUCGGCAACCACUUUAAUGAGUUUGCAGGUGUGAACGGAGUCGAUUACUCGCGGUACCCGGCGCGGGAGACCCAGCUGCAGUGGCUUGGCUACUACCUCCAGGCCCAGAAGGGCUCAGCUGUGACCCCUCGGGAGGUGGAGCGGCUGUGUGUGCAAGUCAACAAGUUUGCCCUGGCGUCCCACUUCUUCUGGGCCCUCUGGGCGCUCAUCCAGAACAAGUACUCCACCAUCAACUUCGACUUCCUCAGGUACGCGGUGAUCCGAUUCAACCAGUACUUCAAGGUGAAGCCUCAAGUGUCCACCUUGGAGAUGCCAAAGUGACUGGAACCCCAGCCUCUCCCCUGCCCAUCUGCUGGGGUCCACACCCUUGGACAAGGUGGGAGAGGGGACCUCUUUCUCCUGCCUGGAGGGGCUCACAGGACCCAACCCGAGGGGGGGCCCACACCUUGCCAGGCUGGGGCAGAAGUGCCUGCAGACAGCCAGAGCCUGGGCCACCACUGCCCCAGGGAAGCACACCGUCCCCGCCCUAGGCCUGCUGGCGCUGGGCUGCCUUAGAGUGUGUCUGACCCUUCCUGGUGGGGAGAGGGGAGGGUUCCUUUCUACCUCCAGGGCUCCAGUCUGGCCACUGUAUGCCCCACACGGGAGGUGCUGAGCCUCAGACCAGCCUCAGGCACUCUGAUCACUGAUGUCCACCGCCUGGGGGAGGGGCCUGGAAGGGACACGGAGGCUUCACUGCAGCCUGCUCGAGAGCUCUCACUCGCUCAGCCGGCUCACCCCCUUCCCAAGCUGCAGACAGGAAACGUCUCCUUCCGCUGUCCCUCUGCAGCCUGCUGGGGAGGCGAGUGUGGCAAGCCCUGACCUUACGAAGCCUCAAGGGUGGGGUGGCUGGCACCAGAGCCAGCAGCUCCUGCCUGGGUCUCUCGUGCCCUGCGGGCUUCCCUUCCCAGAGUGUCCACCAUCUCCACUUUCCAUCCCUGGGGGUAGACCCAAGGUCAAUGGGAAUGACCAAAUGGGGUCAAGGGGCUGGAGGCCCAGGGUCUGCAGGGCCCUGCGCAGGACAGAUUGUGAAAGCACUGAGCUCGGCGUCCCUGUUAGCAGCCUCCACCUCCCUCUGUCCUCAAAGGUCCUCCUCGUUCUGGCUCAUACUGUCAUUUGUAAAUUAUCAUUGUUUUAUGCAAUAAAACGCUCGUUUCCGGA